AACACAUGUUUUCGCGCGGUGAACCGAAAUUUUACCGGGAAAGUCGGUGCGCAUUUGCCAUAUGUCUGCUGUUCACGAGUAGCGCUUCGAUUUUUCCUUCGUCGUAAUACGAUUUUGUAUUGUAUUUGCUGGUAUUUGGUGUCUGUCAUUUUGAAAUUAGACGGAUAUGGGGAGGAAAUCUGCCAAAGGAAAGGAGAAGAAGUUGAAAAGGAAAGAGGAGCAGGCCUCCCUCGCUGCUUCUCAAGCCGUUGUUGAUGCUGCUAAUGCGCUUGAUGAUCCUAUGGAGAGUCUAGCACCAUUCAAGAAAUACAACAGAAAUGGGCUGAAUCUGACGAUAGACUGCUGCCGGAGCACUAGUCUGGAUGAGCAGACACUAGACUGGGCCUUCAACCUCACCAAGAAAAACAUGCAAACACUAUAUGAGGCAAGUAAGAGUGGAUGGAGGUCCAGGGAGAAGAGAGACGAGAUGACGGAUGACCGGGCGUGGUACCUCAUCGCUAGGGAAACAGAUGACACACCGGUCGGCUUGAUCCACUUUCGCUUUGACAUGGACUUUGAUGAUGAGGUUGUGUAUUGUUACGAGAUUCAGCUAGUUGAGUCAGUCAGAAGGAAAGGACUCGGCAAGUUCCUCAUGCAAAUCCUAUCUCUUCUUGCUCACAAGGUGCAUAUGAAGAAAGUGAUGCUGACUGUAUUCAAGAAGAACUUCACUGCUUUUGAAUUUUUUAAGAACACACUCAAAUUUGAGAUUGACGAGACCUCGCCCAGCAUCUUUGACCCGUUGGAAGAAGAUGAAUACGACUAUGAGAUCAUGAGCAAGGCAGUGCCACAAAAGAAGGUACCUCAACCAAGACAGGUGUGCAGAGACAGGUGUUGCACUCAAGCUGUGCACUGAAAGAACAGAACAAAAACCAACGAAGGACUAACGUUUAUUUGCUGUUUCUGCAGCGAGGUUUCACCGAGAAGUUUGUGUUGUAUUGUGUUGAAUUCAUCUACCUUGCGUGUAUGUAACCUGGAAAAAUGACACACUUGGGGGAACUCGUACAAACUAAGACUCUAUGGGGAUUAACUAACAAAACUAAACUAAACUCAGGAUCUUUGAAGAGAAAAGUCGCGAGGAGACUGAAUUAAUAGGGACAAGGGACACAAUUCUAGAUUUCGAACAAAAAAAAAGACAAAAAGAAUUUAUUU